AUGGGUCUAAAGUUCCUGCUCUUCAAUAAUCAACAGAGUCCAAAUCUACAUGGAGGCGUUAGAAAAAUCAUGGAGGGUUCGGGUGACGGUUCCCCGCAAUCGUCGAUGUGCAUGGUGAAGGCGGCCGAGCUUUUUCCGAAACCGGUCCUCGAGAAGGAGGAAGAUAAGCUCACCGUGCGGUUUACUGAGCUUGCCGGCGAAUCUGUACGUUUCCUUGGUCAGACUGAUGAUGGCAUAUUGGCACUUUCCAACUAUCGGCUAUUUCUACAGAAAAAUAGCACCGGAGCCGAAGUAUCGGUACCACUAGGACUGAUCGAAUCAACGCAAGUGCGUGACCUGUUCCAUCUGAUUGUGAACUGCAAAGACGCUAGUACCGUGCGAUGUUCCUUCGCAACGUCGGAGCAGUGCAGUGAAUGGCACCGUCGGAUCACCCUAUCGAUCGGUGUGCCGGAAACGCUCGAGGCACUCUUUGCCUUUCCGUUCCAUGCGUGGGCCUCGGAAUCGCCCACGCUCAAUCAAGACAACGAAUGGGCCGGCCGUUUGCAGCGCGUCGGUUCGUUCGAUGACGAGUUUCGCCGUGAAGCGGAGCGGUUACAGUUCGAUCUGCAGGGUGCCUGGCGCAUCAGUCAGGCGAAUGCGGAAUUUAAACUUUGCGCAUCGUACCCACGGUUGCUGCUCGUGCCAGCAUGCAUCUCGGACGAUACGCUACAGAAUGUGGCCAGCUUUCGUAGUUCGCGGCGCAUACCGGCAGUUGUGUGGCGUCAUCAGCGAACUGGUGCGGUGAUUGCACGCUGCAGUCAGCCCGAAGUUGGUUGGCUUGGGUGGCGCAACUCGAAGGAUGAACAGCUGCUGAAAGCACUUUCCGAUGCUUGUUCGUUCGAUCGUGGCACGCAGGAUCGGUCCAGCGAUGGUACGAGACGAACCCGAACGCAAACGGACAGUUCGGAAGCGUCGAGCGAAGGUAGUCCACCGCGCAGCCCGGAGGGAAGCCACGAGGAGGUGGAAAUGGACGAGCCGAAGAAGAUACUGAUUGUCGAUGCACGCUCGUACACGUCCGCGGUGACGAACCGGGCGCGCGGCGGUGGUUGCGAAUGUGCGGAGUACUAUCCGAGUGCGGAGAUCCAGUUUAUGAGCUUGGGGAACAUCCACGUGAUAAGGAAAAGUUUCCACGCGCUAAGGCAACUAUGUGCCUCCCAGGCGGACAUUCCAAAUUGGUUGGGAUUGUUGGAGCGAACGCUAUGGUUGCAGCAUCUGUCCGGUUUGCUGGCAGCCUCGAUGGUCGUAUGCCAUGCAAUCGAACGGAAUGGACGGCCAGUGCUGGUACACUGUUCCGAUGGUUGGGAUCGUACGCCACAAAUCGUAGCCACGGCACAGCUAUGUCUCGAUCCGUACUAUCGCACGAUUGAAGGCUUUCGCGUGCUGGUCGAGCGAGAGUGGUUAAGCUUUGGCCAUAAGUUUGCCGACCGUUGCGGGCAUGGACCUGGGUCGGACGAAACGAACGAACGGUGUCCCGUAUUUCUACAGUGGCUUGACUGUGUCCAUCAGAUUCAUCGUCAGUUUCCUUGCAGUUUUGAGUUUGACAUGGGCUACCUGAUCAAAUUAGCACAACAUUCGCAUUCGUGCCUGUUUGGAACGUUCCUGUGUAACACGGUCAAAGAGCGACAGGAAAAUAGCGUCCCCGACCGGACGUUCUCCGUGUGGCCUUUCCUAUCCGGUCCUAUCUACAAAAACCAUCUGUACGUGCCGAACCGAGAGCGUGUUCUGUGGCCAGCACAUAAUGUGCGCGAUCUGCGCCUCUGGACGGAAGUGUACCUGGGCAGUUGGGGUGGCCACAACCAACAGUCGGCAUCCGAAGUCGCCGAUUAUCCAACGGCUAGCAGUGUACCGUCGGGUGGUGGUUCGGAUGUCGUAUCGGCAGUGGUCGGUGUGAGAAGUAUCGGAUCCGGUGUUGACACAACCGGCACCUCCGGCGGCGCAACUUCCGUGAACGUUGUUGUCGAUGGAAUACCCUCGACGACGGGUUCGGUGGCGAGCAGCUGUAGCCCGGAGCAGAACGGUUCGAUGACGAAAACGCGCUCGUAUAGUGAUAUCAAAGAAGCAACCUCAGGCGGUGUCAUGACACGUCGCUCAAGCGAUCCAAGCAUGACAUUAGACUCAAGCAUUAUCAAUCGUACAGGUGGACCUGCGGCGACCCUAAACCUCUCGCAGGAAGAAAGCUCAAUCGAUUCAAACCUCUCGUCCGAUCGUGAAACGUCGCCCGAUCUUCGCUCCCUUGACGAUCAUCUGCUGCAUCGUGGAGUGACAGCCAGUUCCUUCAUUCAGCACGCCACCGAAAAGCUGCAAAGUCUCACACAAGAGCUAAACCAAUCGGACGAAGAGCUAGAGCAAGCGAUCAAGAAUCAGCGCAAUCUAGCCCUGGCAGGCAGUAGUGCUGCAGCGCCGGUCGACCACACACUUUCUUCCUCAGUCUCUUCUAGUCCUUACGCAAACGGAGGCAGUAGUAUCGUUGGUGGGAUCGAUAGCUUAGCAGCGGCGGCCGCUGCCACCUUAAUUCCUACCGCAACCACAAACGUUCGACCUUCCUUUACGAACACCAGUAUCAGCGGGAACAACAUGACGUCGCAGCAGCAACCAACUGUCGAAGAGAGUAUCUAUCGCUAUCGGUUCCAACCGAUCGUUCCAGAAUUGCCAACGUCCAACGAUGCGUCCCGAUGCUCGCCGAAUGUAACGCGCGAAUCAAGCAACAGUCCAUCCCGGCAGGUCGUGAUGUGGCCGAAUGCAGCAAUCGAUGAAAACACGUCCCGUAUCAUCAAGAUCGAAUCGUACCAGGCGGGUACGGGCGGCAACAAGGAUGUGCUGGACGGUGGUGGUGGUGGUCUCGACCGUGGCAUGAACCGGGCCGUCAUUGGGCGGCCCAUCAUGGCAAACGAUGAUAUGAUGAUGGAGAGUGUUGACCUAACCAUCGGUGGAUUGGACGAUGGCAGCUUCGUUGGUGAUAAACCACACUCCGCCUCGCCGAAUCGGUUAGAAUCCCCCAUCGGCUUGAAUGACAGAUCGCUCAGUCCUAACCUCUGGCAUGGAUCGAUAGAAACCAGCACGGAUACGCUGGUACCGGUCGAUCAGUAUCCUCUCGCGACGGCGGGCAGUACGCAAGCAGGUGGACUGUGCAGCUUAACAGACGAUGGUGAAAAAAUGCGACACGGACAUGAGCGGCGGAAGACAUCACUGCUGGAACAGGAACAGCAUUACAACAGUAGCAGCAACGGUGUCGGUAGUAUUAGUUUAGCAGUAGGAACCAACAGUGAUAGCAGUCAGCAGAGACUUGUUAAUGGUAAAGAAUCGGAAGCGACCGCUGCGGCGCCAAACGAAACGCGCGACGGGGCCGAGGUCACGAGCGAUAGCUGUACUACUACCACAAAUGCUUCGACUGGUGAUAGUAAUGGAUGUGAUUUUACUAGUGAUAGUCAUGAUUACGAUAGGAAAUUAUCAAAUCAAUCAACGCUGGCACUAGUGACCGGCGAUUCGCUACCAAAAGAUCGACCUGAUUACCGCCACCAUCAACAGCAUCCGCCAGAAUCUACCUUGGAAAAUGAUCGAGGAGGAGGAGGGAUAGUAGGACGAUCGGCACAGAGCAACAGUUUUAACAGCAGUAGUACCGUUAACUUCAAUAAACUCAAAGCAAACGGUACGCCGAUGGCAUCCUCUGGUCAAACCACCACCACUAACAACAAUAACUUGCUCACCUCGAUGAUGCUGAUGGACGAAAGCAUUAUCAUUCAGCCACAGUUCCAGCAGCUAGAAAUUAAUGGCAAACAACCAUCGACGGCCGGUGAAGGUGGGUUGGUGACUGCUGCAGGAUACGGUACCGUAAUGCCACCCCAGAAGGAGCGCCGAAGAAGAAACUCGUCCAACUCAAAGCAUGACCUCAUGAGUCCUUGUAAACCAACCAAUGGAAGUAUAUCCCCAAGUGCCACACACUCCCGGUUUUCGACACCGGGCGCCCGGUCACUGCCACUGACACCACCGAGCGUACCGUACGCGGCGGACAGGCCACCGGUAGCGACGUUCUCCUGCCCGGACGGGCUAGCACACGCACUGUCGGAGCAAAAUUUGCGCCUCCAGCAGAUUGUCUACGAACAUCGGCUCCGCGAGGAAGCACUACAGCGUGAACUGUACGCCACCCGGUUAGCACUGUUGAAGAAAACCUGCCAGCACUGUUGUAGCAGCAGCGCUCAGCCGCAGUACGGCAAUGAAGAUCCGGUGCCGGUGAGCAUUUCCAUAACGAGCGUUGCCGCUUUAACUGCUACCGCCGCCAUUACCUCACCAACAUCUGCGAUGGCGGCAAUUGACAGGAUCGGUAGGGAGAUCGAUCGGAACAAUCAUCACGGCAGCAGCAGCAACAGCAGCAGCAGAAGCAGCAGCGGAGGUGGUAGUAUGAGCACUGUCACCUCUUUCCGUACCAAGGCUACCAUCACCACCACAACCACAGCUUCCACCGAAGAAGAACUGUCCAUGGAAUCAUGGAUGGGAUCUUCCUCCAUCUACGGUCUACUUUCGGGGCCCGUAAACGAAAACGGUAAAGCGCUAUUGGUGGUUUCUGACAAGGAAGUUCCGGAAGAGGAACAUUACCUGCAUGAGGCACUAUUGCAACAUAACCGCCGUUUUGCACAUAAUGUUCGCAUGUGGCGUACCGUACGUCAAUUUCUCGAACGUACACGACAAAAGCGGAUGGACUGUCCAUCGCGAGACUCGGUAAAACCGCCCUCGACGGAGUCUUUCCCUCUAGAGGAUCCUAUUAGCGAGUAUUACGCCGAUAGUGACACUGACGAUGAAGAGAAGAAAAAUAGUAGUAGCUGCAGUAGUGUGAUUUUAGAUGCUGCUGAUAGUGACAUUGGCAAUGCACUGGGGAGAGGAAAGACUAUACAGCUAAAGCUUUCCGACAGCACUGACAGUAUCCGGUAUUGCGGAGAAGAAAAACGGGAGUUUGACGAUGGUAGUGGUGAUGGUGGUGGUGGCGGUGAGGAUAGUGAUGAGGAUGAGAAUGAGGAUGCUGAAUUAUCCUCCCAACUGAUGGUGGAUUCAAUGAACGAAAAUGCAUCAAACUGUUCGUGGGAAGCGGUCGAUGAUCGGAGCGCCCCGUCAUCCGGUGCCAACUCGUCCCAGCAGAUGCAGUACAGCAGUAGCGGUGUUGGCGGUAGCACCAGCGUGCUCUGGGUGCCGGAUCAUGCCGUAACACGAUGCACCACCUGCCAGACGGAGUUUUGGCUCGGACGGCGCAAACAUCACUGCCGGUCGUGUGGACAGAUCUUCUGUGCGGAUUGUUCCGAGUACACGGCCCAUUUGCCGGAAGAGCGGCUCUAUCAACCGGUUCGACUGUGUGGUCCAUGCUACCAGCGGAUCUCCUCCAUGACGACGGUUCCUGCUAAUAACAGUUCCUCCCUCUCGUCCGGUACCGCGCUAACGUCUUCCUCCUCCACGCACGGUGGUAAUGGAGGUGUUGGCAGCAGUAGCAAUGUGACCACCAACAGCAUAACCGGAUCGUCGACAGUAAACGGUACGAGCGGUACGCUGAGCGACGAUUCCAACGGGUUCCUACACCGUACGAAUGUAACGGCCGCCGCUACGAUGAUGAUGCGCGAUCGGAUUACCAGCAUGAGCCAGAUCCAAUCGUUGCUAGCGACCGAAUGUAGCUCGGAAGCAUCGAGGGCAAGCGAAAGUUGCUGCAAGCAGAAUGUUACCGCGGCGACGAAUUAA